AUUACUGAGCUAGGAGACAUUGCCAGGCAUAGCGCAAAAAAGUGUGCCUUAUACACGGCCGAUUUACGGUAUGUCUUGUUUACAGCGGGUAAUCCCAUCAGUGUUCAGAUCUCCCUGAGGGCCCUGCAAACGCUUUAGCCAUUUUGAUAUAAUUGAGCCAUCUUGAUCUUUCCUUACCCACUGCUGUAGGCCUAGUCAUUGUGGAAACUAUUCUUGAUUUGAUUAUCUCAAUUUAAGACAAUAUUGAAUCUCAUGUUCAUACCAAAGUUGUUGUCUUCUUCCUUUCAUCGAUAGGUUACUUUACAGUUACUACAAACAUUCUCAUGACACAAGCUAUGCAAACAAAUAAUCGCACAAGUCUUUAAUUUAAAAAAAAAAUCAGUUAGUUCAUUUAUAAUAUAUGUAAUUGAUAGUAAUUGAUAGUACAUGUACAUAAUUGACUAUUGCAAUGAAUAGAAAAUAAAACAGUUUAAAUUGCUCCAUUACAGAGUACUGUUGAAUCCUAUCAUGGUCAAAGGUCUUAUCUAUCACUUUGCUUCAAACACUUGGAAUCAUUGUUUUGGAAUUUAAUUUUGUAGUCUUGUUAAAUGCAUGCUCUUGAUAGAAUGAGAAAUUAAUCAUCAAUCAUAUAGCAAUGUCCUGUCUUAACAUGGGUUUAGAGCAUUCUACUAUUAGCAUGUACAAGUUCUUCGACUAGUAUACUCACUAUUGGCUUUUGUGUCUAGUAAGAGUGUAAUUUUUGUUAUCUCUCAAAAGAAGUAAUGUUUUAAGCUCAUACUUUGAUUGUAGUAUAUAGCUACCUGGAACCUAAACAUACAGAGCAAAAUAUUUCUUGUUGAUUGGUACACUAUAAGGCUGUGGUGGUGAUAUCAAGAGAUUUGUAUUAUUGGGUGCAAGAAAAGAAUAAAAGAUUUAUGUCUUGAGUACAUCAGAUAAAAGGGCCCAUUUGAUGCAUUAUUGACAAGAUGAGACUGCAAUCCUCACAUCUCAAGAUGGAGAGUGUAGCAGAGAGAAAGGGAUCAGUUGUUUGCAUAGUGUAAGUGCAGGGCUUUCAAUGGACUCAAACAUGGUUACUAUGGUUUGGCUUAAGCCGUCUAUUGUGUCUACUGUCUAUGCUUGUGUCGCAUUUCUUUUGACUGUUUGGCUGGCUGCACAGGACUCACAAUAGUGUUUGAUAUAUAGGCAGAUGAGCUGCUCAUAGACUUGUCAUGACGGGAUAAUCCUUUGGGUGAAAGAAACCUUGUUUUUAUAGGAUUAUUAUUUCAUCAACAUUUCCAGAGUGGCCUUUAUAAUCCUUAUGCUGGUGCUGAAGAACAAGGAUUAUAACUACAGUUUAGUAUUGAUUGAUGGAUAGUUGGGUACUUCAGUAAUGAAGUGAAGGCCAAUUGGAUUAUAUGGAUGCAAGUGCUCAUGUACAAUAAUUUUUUUCACGAUGGACUACUCUGCUAAGGAGAGCAGAUGCAGCUAGGUCUAAACUCCACUAAACUUUCAGCUGUAUAUAUUUACUUCACCUCUCAAAGUCUAAUGUGCACUUUCUAUCUUUGCUGGAAACUUUAUUAACAUUGUUGAUAACCUGAAACACCAAUGCAAUGUAAACUAAAUUAUAAACAAGCAUCGAUGGAACAGUGGAAAUUAAAAUAAUAUCGUACAAACAGUGUAAUAUAAAAGAGGAUUUGUGAGGACUGACUUUCAGGAUGUCUGAUAGAGGAGCAGGGUACUCACUUCCUGCUAUGCCACAGAGUAGGAGAGCAAAAUCAGCAGAGCUUUAUCAUUCUCAACACAGAGCACAGUCUGCUAAAAGCACUCAUAGUGCAAUUGAAACACCAUCUUAUAAUGCUGUCUCCAGAGCAGUAUACCUUCGCAGAUUGAACCUUUCAAUGUCAAACAAAGCGGAUGUAUCAAACCUUCAAAGAUCAGCAACUCCUAAUUCCUUCAACUGCUCAUUUUGUGUUCCAUGGACAUUUCAUUCAAACAGCAGGUUGAAGCAAGUACCCCUUCCACAAGUCAAAAGUAAUCCACUUCUGCGUUCAAGUUCUCCAAGAGGUGUAAAGAAUGUCUCCAUGAGUGGUGAUCGCUAUUUAGGCACUUCAAAGUCUGGACAGCAAGACAGUCAAAGCUCUGUACACAAGUCCUAUCCACAGUAUGAUGCACCCUCAUUGCCCAAAAGAGAGCAGGUUCAUAGGUUUGAAGAGGAGCAGACUAACCUGUACAUCACACGUACUAUGAAACGAAAGUCUGAGAUCCUGUCUCAUCGAGUGGACAGAAUGUACUAUUUAUGUGGAUCAGGGUCUCCAGUGCAGGGAAGGUAUGAGGUGAAUGAUUCAGAGUUACAAAGACUCAGAGAAUUCUCCAGGGUUAGAAACAACAGCAGAGUUAACAGUGGACGUUCACUAAGUGGAAGGAGUGUACCGAGUUUGACUGAAUCUAUUAUAUUGACAGAAACCAGAAGUAAGAGAUCACCUCUUGGAUCACCUUUGGGAUCACCUCGCUGCACACCUGUACCUACAAACAUUGAUCUCACUGUAGCAGGAAGUGGUGUCAGUCAUAGUGGGGACAAGGUCAAAGGUCAUGCUGCAUCAAACCAAGUUCAGAUUGAAGAUGCUAGAGUAGGUCACAUGUCUUCAGGAAGUCAAGAUGCAAAUGUAAUAAAUGGAGGUGAGAAAGAGGGACAACGUGACAGGAAGACAGAAGACUCAUCAGAGAAACAAAACAUGAGCCCCCAUGGGACAGGAGAGGAGGAAAGGGAUGAGAAAGAUAGGAAUGAACAUGAGAAUGAUAGUGAACAUGAUGAUAAGCAGAAUGGACAUUCAGAAAGGAGCUAUAUUGAAGGAGGACAAACUGAAGAAGACAGACAGACAGUAGCACCUGAGCAUUGUCCAACUGAUGGUCAUAACAUAGAUAUGAGAUGCAGAGAAGAUGUUAGUGGUAGAGUGGUAGGUGGAGAAGGCGGUGGUGGUGAUGCUGUCACAGAACUGUCAUCAGCUCAUACUAUACAGGAUUCAGAUGGUUGUCAGAGAGAUGUUGAUGAGGAUAAAGAAGGUUCUAGAGAUGGAAGAGAAGAUGUUAGACUGGCAGGAGGAGAAGGUGGUGGUGUUGAUGAUGUCUUCACAAGAAUAUCAUCAGGUGAUUCCAUACAGCAUUCAGAUGGUUGUCAUGGUGAUGGUCAUAAAGAUGAAGGAGGCUUAAGAAUCACCCAGGAUGGUGAAGAAAGUGUUACAUCAAAGGAUCAAUCUCUUGGAGGCAGACUUGUAGAGAGCAUUGCUCCAGGAUUGAAACUUGAUAAGACACCAUUUAGCAUGAAGAAAUCAGAUGUAUACCUGACGGAGUUUGUUGAUCCUAAGCAUAAGGACCUGUAUGAUGAGGCAGCAUCACCAUUGAAUGCUAUGAGAAUAGAUGGGAAACAACUGGACAACUAUGACGGUCAGAUUACUUUGCUGGAAAGGAAACUGGACAAGGUUGAUACCUUGACCCAGGGAGUAGAUGACAUAGGUCAUGUCACAAGGUUGGACUAUGAUCUCUCAGAAGUGAAGACUGAUGAAAAGGAGCUCUGUGAGGAGGGUUACGAUAGUGGAGUAUUUGGGAGAGCUAGGAGUGAGGAGGAGAGAAGGAAAGCAAUACAACUCAGAGAAGAGAGAAAGGAAGCAAAGAAUAGUGUCAAGAUUGAACAGAAUGAAGCUCAAAGAGUGAGAAAGGAAGCAGACAAACAAAGAGCUCUCAAACAGACAAACAAAAUCAAGUUCAAGAUGACGGAUGUGUAUAACUUCAUCAGUAGCAGACAAAGAGAGAUCUUCAGCCAAAAGUUUAGAGAGCUAGACACAGAUGGAAACGGACAAAUCACUUUGAAAGAACUCACAAAGAAGAUGCACGCCAAUGUAUCUAAGAAUGAUAUUCACCUUCUACACAAGGUAUUUGAUUUGAACAAAGAUAAAACGAUUGACCAUCGUGAGUUUGUGACGGUUGCUGCUCUCAAUGAUAAACUGAUUGGUCAGGAGGUAACUUCAGAAGCAGCUCCAUUAGAACUAAACUUGAAUCGACUUUCUCUACACAUCACAGCAUACAAGGAAAUGUUUGAUGUAGUUGAUCAGAAUGGAGAUGGACGUCUAUCAAUGGAUGAAAUCAUGUUUAUCAUCACUGUUUCAACGGGUAUCGACAUUGGCAUUGACAAGGAAGCUGUACGUUCUAUCCACAACACCAUAGACAAAGAUGGGAAUGGAAGCAUUGAUUUUGUGGAAUUUCUUACCUUCAUUCCCUUCUUCCAGAAGAUUCAUCAGCAGAUUAUUGGGAAGCCCGUCACAUUUGAAGAGAUGGAUGAGGCAAGGAUAGCUGUGAAGAAAGCCAUGCGUAGGUAGUACAUAAAAGAUUGAAGAUACACAUAGGUCAUGCAUAGGAAGUACAUAAGAGAUUGAAGAUACAAACAGGUCAUGCAUAGGUAGUACAUAAGAGAUUGAAGAUACAAACAGGUCAUGCGUAGGAAGUACAUCGGAGAUUGAAAAUACAAACAGGUCAUGCAUAGGAAGUACAUAAAAGGUUGAAGACACAAACAGGUCAUGCAUAGGAAGUACAUAAGAGAUUGAAGAUACAAACAGGUCAUGCAUAGGAAGUACAUAAGAGAUUGAAGAUACAAACAGGUCAUGCAUAGGUAGUACAUAAGAGAUU